GUUCAGAUUUGAUAAAAAUAACAACAGGAGGAUGAAAAGAACAGAUAAGAUUACAGAAAGUGUUUUUAGUAUUUUCAUGAAAAUUCCCAAAUCAAUAUAUUAAGAGCAAUUGUUCAUCUAGUCGGUUCAAAGUAUCUGUAAACAUACAAGGAUGAAAAGAACAAAAAAGACAGAUUGCUGUUUAUUUUGUAAACAGAAAAUCUGCACAAAGAAGAGACAGGUGUGGAAGCAGUUAAAUAAUACAGAAUAUAGUGCUGCACUAUUGCGAAAAACAAGGGCUGUGCCAAACAGAAAUGGCAUUUACUGUAUUAAAACUGUUAAUGGUGAAAUUUUAUAUAUCGGAUAUUCAGACCGCAGUGUGCGAAAGAGACUCCUCGCACACACUGGGGGAUAUGAUAAGCAGGCAAUCGGGAAAUAUCUCAAAGGCAAAAAUUUGAGAGACUUUCUACUCUCCUGGGUUGAGGAGCGAAAGGCAGAAUGCCUUGAGGAACCUUUCAUUCAGUUCGCUGAAAGGCAACAAGGAGAUCGUCCUCAAUUCAACAUGAAAAGAGGACGAUCAUGUAAAGAAGAAUGAUGCCGUAUAAAUUGGACACAUUUGAAGAUUUUUUUUUAUUUAUAAUGAUCCAAAUUGAAUAAAUCAAAACAUUUCA